CCUUGCAAAAGAAUCUGGAUUUCUCUUUUCCUUUUUUCUUGGCUGCUCUUCCUUUGCAUCUCUUGGAUUUCCUUUACUUGAGCAGCAAAAGAGAGGAAUGAAAGGAAAAAUAGCUUUUCUCUGCUGUGGGUUUUCGUUGUAGAUUUAAGAAAUGAGUUUCCAACACUGAAACGAAAGUUGGUUUGCUUUAGAUUGGCAGAAAAUGGGAAAGACUGAAAUGGAUGUGUAUGAAGCUACGAGGAUUGUGUACAGUAGAAUUCAGAAGCUGGAGCCAGAAAAUGUCUCCAAGAUCGUGGGUUACCUGCUGUUGCAGGAUCAUGGCGACAGGGAGAUGAUCAGGUUGGCGUUCAGUCCGGACGGCCUGAUACAUUCUUUGAUCAGCAAGGCCAAAUUGGAACUGGGUUUGUCGGCCAAGCCGCCGGCCACCAGCCAUGCACCGGCUGUUCCUUUCAGUCCUUCUUCCCGUUCCGAUCUGCCUCUGCAGUUCACCCCAUUCUCGCCGGCUUCCUCUAGGCCUUUUUCUUCUCCACCCACUUUUCCGGCUGUUUCUCCAUAUUGGGAGCCUCAGCAUUUAGGUGACCCGCAGACUGUCCUCAAUUUAGAUUUCAGUCCCUCCUCAGCCUAUGGUGAAAAUCUUGGAGAUGAGUUUGCUCUGCAUAACCAGGCUCAUUUUCUUGGGCUGGAAGAUAGAACUGAUCCCAUAAACCUCGCCGGAGGUGAUUUUCCGAACGAGCCUUUCUUCCCUGAAUCUCCUCUAGGCAGCCUGACCUCAAGGACAAGCCGGAGAUCUCCCAGCCUUCCUGAAUUCCCUCUGAAACCAUGCCUUUACUUCGCUAGGGGCUACUGUAAACACGGCACCAACUGCCGAUUUUUCCAUAGCCAUUCCUUGCCGGACAACUUCACACAUAUCUUGAAUGGUAGCCAAGCAGAACUCAGUAGUGAGGACCACAUCUUCUCUCCCGGCACGCUCGAGCGGCUCGAGCUGGAUCUUGCACAGCUUCUGCGAGCGAAACGGACUCCGGUCUCCAUUGCCUCGCUGCCUCAGCUCUACUAUGAGAGAUAUGGCAGGACGCUUCAAGCGGAAGGCUACCUCACAGAGAGCCAGAGACAUGGAAAAUCCGGCCACAGCCUGACGAAACUGCUCGCUCGGAUGAAGUCCAUCGUCGUUAUCGAGCGCUCUUCAAUUUGCAGGCCUCAUGGGCAGCAUGUGGUCGUCUUAACAGAGGAUGCACCAAGAUAUGCAGACUAUAGAAGUGAAAGGAGUGAUCCGGGCCAGAUCGUCUCGGGAUCUCGACAGAUUUAUCUUACUUUUCCAGCAGAAAGCACCUUCACAGAGGAAGAUGUCUCCAACUAUUUUAGAAACUAUGGUCCUGUCCAGGAUGUGAGGAUACCAUGCCAGCAGAAGAGGAUGUUUGGAUUUGUUACUUUUGUGUACCCUGAAACUGUCAGGUUGAUUCUAACUAAAGGAAAUCCUCACUUUGUCUGCGGCGCCCGUGUUCUUGUCAAGCCUUACAGGGAGAAGCCGAGGCUUGUGGAUAGAAAGUACCCAGACAGGCUUGACUCGCCGGUGUAUUACCCUUCACAGUUGCUGGAAUUGGAUCCUGCUUAUCAUUCAGUUGCAGGAAUAUGCGAUAAUUCUCAGUUGCUUAGGAAGCAUUUGCUGGAAGAGCAAGAGCAGGCUCUUGAGAUGGAAAGAAUGCGUCUCUCUGAUUUGCAGUUGACUCCCAAACCACUGAACAGUCACUAUUUCAAUCAGCCUUUGGAAGAUGUGAAACACACGGAAGGUUUUCUUUUGUUCUUCUUUCUUCUGGUCUAUUACUUUCAAGUUUCAACUUAUUCUGCAAUAUCUCAGGUGCCAUUGUUGUCUGCAGAUCGCUUCAGCUAUUUAUUCGAUGUCCUCAACAGUGGUUCAGCAAGUGAGGACGUAAACAGGCAGAUGGACAACAAUUACAAUGAUCAGGAGAGUAGCCAAGGUCUUAAUCUUCCCGAGAGUCCAUUUGCAUCUCCAAUGGCCAACAGCAUCCCCACAGCUAUAUAAAGAAGAUACAGUGCAGAGUGUUUCAAGAGGAGGUACAAUAGCAAAAGUGUUAGUCGUUUAGUGUUUAUCAAUACAAACAGUUUUUACACGUUACCAGGAAAAGCUUGACACACCUUUUCCUUUCAAUGGAUCUCAUACCCAACCAAGAAAAAAGAAGAAGCUUCUUCUCCCUGUCAGUUUGGGGAGAACACCAAGAAAUACAGAGAGUGAUCAUGUAACUAGAUUCAUAGUUUGGAUUAGUUUCCAUCCCCCCUCCCCCCUUGAAAGUUUAGUGUAACUACAGAAUCAAAGAGCUCAAGAAAGGAAAAAUUUAGAAGUGUGUAUUUUAUAGGUUUAGAUGAAAUCCCAUAAGUAACAGAUAUGCAGGGAUCAUAGGAAGGCGAGCUGACUCUCUGCUGCUCAGGAAAAACAGAGGACAGUGAUUACUUUGAAAAGGAGUAAAUAUAUAUACCAAGCAUCUGAAAGGUUCAUGUUUGUCCCACUUUGUUGCUAGUGUUCUGUGUGGAGAUGAAAUCAGAAAGUCAAUCAAUAAGAAUGUAUGAAUUUGCAAGUCUACAAAUGUACCUCUGAUUAAUCAAAUAGAAAGAAAAAAGAGAAAGAGCUGCUGAUCUUUUUCUUUUUCUUUGUUUUAAUGAAUCAUAUUUUUAUAUUAUGCCAA